CGCGCCCUCCACUCCAACGAAAUGGUCGAAAUCCAAACAAAUAAAAUCCAAAACUAAAAUGCACUGAAGCACCCGACAACCGUUAACAAACCGACGAACUGUAAAUAAUUGUACAAAUAAUUGUAACAAAUGCAAUAAAUAAUAUUCAAAUAAAUAAUCAAGAAGGCGUUUUUGUGCCGCCAAGUUGAAAGUGGAUUGUGCCUCCGAUUUACCAUAGAAUGGGCCUCAAUUAUCCAUAGAUUGCGCCUUACGUUCCAAUGGAUUGUUGUGCCGCGCCAUUUGUUUGAUCGAUUUUGUGUGUGCGAAGAAGGCACCUUGUGAAGGAAUUUUUUCAUGUGAAAUAUAAGUGAACAAAUACGAGUAUAGUUCCCAUAGUGCGAGGGUCAGCAACGACAACAACAACAACAAAUACAAAAAAGUGUGCUACCAAUCAACCCUCUCUCUGGAAGCCAACCCCCCAAGGAAAACCGACAAGCACUUCCUUCGUUUUUUUAACCAACUUUUGUUACGUUUUUCUUACGUGCCGAUGACUAAUUGCGUUUAUAUAGCCCGACUAUAUAAAGACUGUACAAUAAGACAAGGCCGAAACCGAAGAGCAACCCCUUAGCCAACGACAAGAACAAACAAUUUUCAUUUCAAAGUGCUGGAAAUUGCUUCGCUUUCAAGUGAAGUUUGUGAGAUUUUCAUAGCAGAAAGAACAUUUGAGUUUUCGUACGUUUUUUAUUUGUUUGUUUGGUAUUGCACGAUAAACUCGAUAGGAAUUCGAGCAAUCAAAAGUGAACUGCAUUCGAAGUAGAGCAAAACGAUAAAAACAGCAUCAUUCAGAUGCAGUUGCUGCAUCAGGUGCUGCAGCUGCCACAGGAGUUUGCUGCAUAAUUAGCAUUCGAAACGGAACAAGCGCUACACAGAUACACAGUGCCAGACGCAAGAUACAAGAUACAGCCGCUGCAAAAUGUAUCUCAUACAGACUGUUCAGACCACUUGGCGGCCACAAUUGCCGCUGCCCAAGGAGCUGCAGCUAACGGAUGAACGGCACAGCGACACGAAAGUGAUAUCCACCAAAGCGGACAUCCAUUAUCCCCAGAACUACGACGAGAACUAUCAUCAGGCAGUAGCAGCAGCAGCCGCAGCCGAGGAGGAGGAGGAGCAGGAGCAGAUGGAUCGAUUGAGGGGCCAUCAGGGGGGGAGUAUAGGAGGCUCCUCCCAGCAGUUGUCCCACAAACAGAAAUGGUCCUUCGGCCGUCUGUUUCGAGGCAAGAAAAAGGAUGCCGCGGAGUGUAGUCCAUCGUCCAGUGAGGAGGAUCGCAAGGCCGGCUUUGUGCCCUCGCAACGACAGGCGACAGGCAGUGGAAAGCCCAAGGGAAAGCCAGGGAAAUCCUCUUCCUCGAGAGGCAGCAGCAGGUACGAGGAGCAGGCGCCGCCGCCACCACCCCCACAUCGCCCCCAGUCCAUAGAUCAUGAGUUUUUCCUGCCUGUGGAAACGAUACAGCAACAGCCGGAACCGUACUACCAAAAUCAACCAGGGCCCAACCAGGGAUAUUACCAUCGAUCGAUGAGUAACUCCUUGGACAGACGCGGGCUCAUGCAACAGCAGCACCCCCACCCACACGCCCACACCCAAAUGGGGGGCAAGUCCCGCUCUGCCCAAAGGAAGCCCCCGGGGGCCCAUCACUCCAGUGCGGAGGAGGAGCUGAUCUCAUUGAACUCUUCGACCUUCUCCAAGUACCGCAGCGACGAGAGCAUCCACAGUGGGGGGCAGGCCCUGAUGCAGGGCUCCUCGCUGCAGUCCCAGUCCCAGGCGCAGGCGCAGGCGCAGAACAGUCGCCGCAGUCGUGCGGCGCGCAACGAACGCUACUACAAACGCCUCUCACGCGACGGAGAGCAGAGCCAUGGCGGCGUGCCGUCGCUGCCCAAUCCCCAACGCUACAAGACGCAGCCCCUUCCGCUGUCCAUCUACCAGCCGAAUGCCGCCUAUGUCCAGUGGCAGCCACAGCAGAAGCCACUGCAGAAUACCAUCCAGAACGAUGGCAAGCGCAGCAUCAGCUACGACAGUCACAUCCAUUUGCAGAAUGUGAAUGGCAGGAUGCAGAGCAAGCCCCUGCCGCCGCCUCCGCCACCCAGAGAUCCACUGCGGCGUGUGCAUGCCGUGGGCUCCAGCUCGGGGGAUCUGCGACCCGUUUCCUACGCCUUCGACCACAGCGGCCGGUGCGUCUCCGACGAUAGGAUAUGGCAGCCGGCGCCGCACUAUCAAUCCGUGCAUUCACUGAACUCCCAGCCCAGCUCCUCGAUAGCCAGUGCUCCGCCGAGCCAACAGCCGCAGCACCAUCGGCGGUUCAUCACCCGUUCGGAGAGGAAUGCGCAUCCUGGCAAGCAGUCCCUGCCAAAUGGCAUUGAUUUUCACUAUGUGGCAGACGCCACACCGCGCUCUCGCAAGCCCAUACACAUGAUGGAGGCGGAGAAGCAGGAGACACCACCCUCCAGUGGGAUACUGAGGACCUCGAAGAGUGGUCUGCCCACAGCAGCGGCGGCACCGCAGCCCAUCAUGAAGCCCCGCUCCAUUUCCAGCUCCCGAUUGAGUGAGCUGCGUGGAGGAUAUCCCAUGCCCAUGUAUUCGGAGGUGCUGAAACCGAAGAGAUCGCCUCCUACGGCACCCGCAAGCAAUGCCCUGCACGAUCAGGACAAUGUGGUGUGUGGCAGUCUUCAGAUCAAACCAAACUAUGUGGAAAUCCGGCAUCGGGAUGUCCAAAAGACCAACUCCAUGCCGCAUCAUUAUCAGCGCAGGUCUGGCGAGGAUUUGCCCAACAAAUACGAGGAAUAUGUGGCCGAGAAGCGGGAGCAGCACCAGCAGGCGCCACCGCCCGUCUACCCCGAACGAAAGCAGAGCCUGCCCGCGGUGGCGCCUCUGUAUUUCCCACGGAAGAAGCCAGCCAAUCUGGAGGAGGCCAUCAAUGAACUGGAGGCCAUUUACAAAAGUCUGGGACUCACGGAGCCCCAGGAACCCAAGGCAGAGGUGACCCCAACGAUGCCAGAGAUGAUGCCGGAGACUGCUGCCCCGCCAAAGAUGCGGGUACCGACGCCCAGUGACUUCGAGAAGUUCGCCCUGGCCCAUGCGGAUGAGUACGAUGAUGAGGACUCGCCGACGGGAGAGCCAGAUCUUGUGAGGGAUGAUGUGGCGUACAGGAAUCUGCAGCUGGCGAAUCUUCAGCACCGUUCCUCCGAGAGGCAGCCGCCAUUUGGCAUACCCGUGGGUCCCAUUGUGCCGGCCCCCCAGUCGGAUUAUCUGCACGUGGAGCCCAUACGAGUGAUCAAAAAGAAGAAGAGCACCUCCCCGGACAUCGUGAAGGACGAUCUGGCAGUGCGCGCCCUGCGCAAGGAUCCCCCAGGACCCAAAUCGAGCUUCCACUACCCCAUGCAAAAGAAACAGCGGGCCACAAGGACACAGUCUGCAAAUAUCUACAAUCUGAUCCAUCGCGAUGCAGCGAAACCGUCGGGCGGGGAUCUGAGGAGCUACAUGGAGCUCACGAAGAGCAUUGAACGGGCGGGCAGCAUGUCGAACCUUCAGGCAGAGGCCACCAAUGACAUACCAGCCACACUGGACCUCCUGCGGAAGCUCAAGGCCCAGGACGAGGAGAUGGAAGCGGUUCAGAAGAAAGCCCACGCCAUACCCUUCCGUCAUCCCAGUCAGGGCGGAGCCAUUGCCCAUCUGCCAGAGCGCUUGAAUACCAAGGAAGAGCCCUCCAAGGCACCGCCUGUGGCGGCGCCCAGGAAGAGCCUGACGCCCGAACCCCUCCUAGAGGAUGCCCUGAACAAGAUCGCGCAGGAUGCCCAGGCGAGCAGCAUCAAAUUGAGCCAGGAACUCCAUGAGCUGCGCCGAGAGGCACUGAUUACAGCCGCCAGACCCAAACUGAAUGCCGAGCAACAGAAACUCGAAGACGAACUCCAAGAGAUCGAUGCCGUGUCCAAGGCGGCCAAGAGAUGCGGCCAGAUGCUGCUGGACAACCUGCCCGAUGCGGGACAAGAGGAGGAGUAUCAAAUGCAGCCCCAAAGGAAACUCCACAAAGAGGGAAAACUCAUACGCGCCAUCGAUGAGGUCUCCGAGGCGGCCAAUGCCGUCUGCGAGAAGAUCUUGAAGGAUAUUGUCACGACAGAGCCGCCCGUGAUAGUCCACGAGGCACGGCAGGUGAAGCAGCCCACGGGCGGAGCCACAGGAGGAGCCCAGGCGGAGCACCUAGUGAUGCCCACUCUCAUCAAGAAACUGGAUCCCAUUCAAUCGGAGAAGAUGGAGCACAUCGCCCGCCGUUGCAUGCGACAACUGAGCGAGCUGGCCGAGGCCCAACCGGACUACGAUAAUCUGCCGGCUGCCUGUAAUAUAAACGCUGCACCGGCUACCGACGCUGCUGCGGCUGAUGCCACUCUCAUUUCUACCGUUCCAGAGACGCUCGAGGAGAUUGACAAAAUAAUGCAGGAGUGCGAGCGUCAGGCGAAGGGGAGCACGGCCACAGCCACAGGAUCAGGAUCAACCACCGAUGACCAGCGUACCACUGCCCCCAGCAUCACGAGUGGCAGCAACAGCCACAGUGGAGGAGGCAGCAGCUGUCCACCAAAUGUGAGCACCACAGCGAGCUCCUUCAGCAGCAGCAGCGACUGCUUGGCCAAAUCAUCGAGUCCCUCGAACGCCAGCCGCCUGCUGUCCUCGAGCAUUACCUCCUUCAAUCCGUACUCCUCGAGCGACUACAUCAAGUCGCAGAGCAGCGACUACCAUGCACCCAGCACCGAUCCCAUCAAGACAUUCAGCACCACAUCGUACGAUGUGCAGUCCACCACAGCGAAUAACACCACCAAUAGCACCAUGAGCACCACCAGUAACACCAAUACGAUCAGCAGUUGCACCACAAACCCACGGGAGACAAAUCCAGAGACGACCGCCUCGUGCUCUGUGUCGCCACAGCCGCUGCAGCUGACGCCCGUGCGAGGCACCUCCUCAUCGCCAUCGCAGUACAACUCCAGCGAAGAGCUGGCUGCCAUUUUUGGCAUCGAAGAGCAGCCCAAGCAAAGGAAGCAGCGACAGCAUCAGCAGCAUCACACAGAAACCAUUGCGGCCUCAAGUGACUUAUCCACAGCCUCAGCCACUGCCAAAACUAGCUGCCACAGGCCACAAGAAAAGUCGCAGACCUCGCCUUCUGCGGCGACCAAAGGAAGAACCUCUGAGGAUUCCAGUGGCGCCUCCAAGUCGGGUGGAUACCGGGGACAGCACCCGCACUUUCAUCAUCACACAACGCCCGCAUACUAUACGGAUCUGCAGCUAAAGAUCCACACGCCACAGGCCACGGAUGUGGGUGCCUUGAACGAGAAUUAUCAGAGUGUGUAUGCCACGCCCAGCUGCAACACCCAGCUGGUGGAGCAGCGUAGAUCUUUUCCCAAGAGCGCAACAGCAACAGCAACGGCCACACGUGCCACGUUUUUUCGUGGCGACGCUGCAUCGACACAAGACGCCACAAGACGCCGUCAGCGGCCGGGCAGCGAGGGCAGUCGUUACUUCAAAUUCUCUGCAGGAUCUGUGAGCCCCACAAAAGGUGAAGAAACGAGCAGCCAUCCACCCCUGACCUCGAGUCAGUCCCCAUCAAUCAUCAGCAAACCCACACGCACCACCAAUAGAAAUAGUUGUAGUACCGCCGCCAAUAGCAAUCCUCCCGUAGAGACAGCUAGUCCUGGUAGUCCCGGUAGCCCUGCUCCUGGUCCUGCCCCAGCCGUAGUGAAUGCCGCAAGUGGAGGCCGCAACAGUCGCCACAAGCAGCGGUUCCAUCAGCGUUCGAAGCGGGCGGUGCGCGUGCGCAGCGAGUCCCGUCCCAUCAGCGCCCUAUACGAUAUAAUAUGCAAGGAGAAGAAUCAGGACGAAGGGGACAGCACCACCAGCAGCAGCAGCAGAAGCAGCAGCGGCCACAGCAGCAGCAACGAGAAGGAGAAGGAGGAGAAGGAGAAGAAGGAGCCACAGGAGGACUGGGACCCAACAACCGACAAGCUGGCGACCUUUUGGCCUCUGCACCAUCGCGUCCAUACUCCCCCAGCACCAAUGCAGAAGAAGCUGCCUCCGGGCGGCGCCGCCCCUGCCCCUGGCACUAGUCUCAUGCCAAGGCGUGGCGGCGGUAUGCAGCCGGACAGCAGCAGCAGCGUGGACUCGUUCCAUGCCCUGCACUCUAGUCACAAGUUCACGAAUCUGGCAGCCGACGCUGCCGCCGCCGCCGCCGCCAAGGCCGCAUCGCUGCCGCCUCAGGGGAUGGAGGCGCCGGCACAGCCACAUACCGCCCGAUGCGUGGCACCACCGCAUCACUACCAUCGUUCGGCCAAGAGCCUGGAGCCCUCGGCCAAGACGACAGCACCACCCCCAUCGGCGGAUGUCAGGAACUACGAUGCGGGCAGACCCGUCAGCACUGACCGCCUGUUCGUGACGCCCCCAAAAGUCCCAGUGCAGGAAUUGAAGGACUUCAAGCGUCGCUUGACCAAUCAGGGGGAUGGACGUGAGGAUGGCGUCGCAUCCGAGGGGCAGCAAUUCGACCAGGGCGAGGUCUUUGAUACCUUCGCACGCUGGCAGAAGGAGCUGACGUCUGCCAGCGACAAGAUUCAGCUGGUGAAUGGUGGCGCAGCCACAGCCACAGCCACGGCCACGGCCAAUGGCCAUCACCACGAGCUCCAUCAUCCACUAAAUCUAGAUCACGAUCACCAGUCGAACGUCCAUCACCAAUCAUUGCCAUCAGUAGAACCGCCAGUGACCCCCAAGCAUCAGCAUCAGUUGUCUCCUCAACACCAGCACCAGGCCACCAAUGCACGAAGAUUCAUAACGCGCACCACACGCUCCCACAGUCGCCAGGGAUCCACUGGUGGCCAUCACUCAUCGCCACCGCCACCGUUGACGCUGCUAUCCUCCGCCUCCGCGGGCGCCAUCGGAACCACCGCCGCCGCUGGCUACCACAGCGACUCUUCCUACAGUUCGCCCUCUCCCACCAGGCGACGGAACAAACCCUCGAUCGGAGCCCUGUCCACGGAUCCCCAGUCCUCGGCGAAUGGCAAUAGUUCUGCUUAUGAAACGGCAGCCACCACUGUGAUGACACACGGACCAGCAGUGAAGGCGCCUCCUCCUCAGCAUCGUGAUCAGCAGCAGCAGCCGCCGCCGCCGCUUGCCCCCGUUGAAGUUCCUAAGGCGGAGCCCAAGCCUCAACCUACAACCGAGACGUCCAUCAUCGCCGCCACAGCCACAGCCACAGCCCCAGCAGUCGCAGUCGCAUCUGUCGGCAACUCAGCAGCAGCAGCAGCAACAGCAACAACAAGCAGCAGCCGCAACAGCAGGGGAAAAGCUCCCACCAAAUGCAGCCUUAAUUGCGCCUACAUACACAACAACAACUGUAACUGCAACUGCAACUGCAACUGCCACUGCAGCAAAGGCCAGUGCCACAGCAACAGCAACAGCAACAACAACACUAAUCUGCAACUGCCACAGAAACGAGGCAACAACACCACGCCCAUGCCGCCCCUAGCUAAUGCCAACAAAGCGCCGUUAAUUGUGCUGAAAGCAGCGGCAGCAGCGGCAGCGACAACAACGACAGGAGGAGGUGCCACAGCUGUUGCCUCCGCCUCCGCCUCUGCCACGAGUUCUCCCAUUAAACGUCGCAAGAAUCCCCCCACAAUUUCCCCUUUGAGCUUGGGCUUGGGCUUGGAGACGGCCGGAGGCAGUGGCGGUGGCGGUGGCGGCAGCUGCUGCUCUUCGUCCACAUCCACAUCGCCCCAAUCCUCGCCAGCGGUGCGUCAAACCAAAGCCAGUCGCCUGCGUGCCGCAGCGCUCGACAAAAAGAAGGAAGAGGAGCAUCAGCGCCAGCGCUAUAGUUCGCCCUGUUCCCCAAGGAACACGGGCGGUGCAGCAGCCGGUGGUCGCUCGCCAAGUCGUCGCCUCAGCAGCUCCGAGAUUUCACCUAAAUCUUCCGUCAUCUGUGGCUUCAACUCGGAGCCAGCAGCAGUUGGAGCGGCUGGAGCAGCAGGACAGUCCAAGCAGCGAUCCUCAUCCCAACCGGCGGACACGCCACCCACACAGCGAAAACAGAACCUGGUGGCCGUCGGCAGUGGCCUCUCCAUGAAGCAGAACCUCAGCGAACUGCACUUUACGGCCUCGUCCGAUUGCACCCUCAAGAUGCGGCCACGCAGCAGCACAUUGUGCACCGAGCAGACGGACACGCAGAACGGGGCACGCGAUCAUCUGAAUCUGGCCAACUUGCAGCUGAGUCCCGUGCAAAAGCACAAGCGAACGCCGGAAAGCUCCCCUCGUCGUCUGGGAGAUCGCGAUAAGUCGGCGAAACGUAAAUCAAAUUUGAAUCGUUCAUUGACAGAGGAAGCCACCAAGGAUGGCGAUGAGGCAGACGCCUCGAAUCGCCGCCGACGUCGUCGUGAACUGGGAAUGGCACGUCCUUUGGUCCCUGGAGAGGAUGACACCCUCAGGGAUCUGCUCUCCCAGUCGCCGGUGAAGAGCUCCUGCAGCGAAUCGACUGUGGCCUCGAAGUCGGAAACGUUCCGUCCACCGGCAUGCCUCUACCCUGGACUGCGCCAUCCCGAGGUGGCUGUGCGCACGAUGACGGCUGUGUUGCCUACGCCACGACCACUGCAUGCCCUGCAGCCGGCCGCGAAGACUGUUUCGCAGAAAUUCAAUGAGCGAACCCGUGCGGAUCUCGCGGAGAUUAAGAAGAUUGUGGAUCAAUCGGAGGAGGUGCAGCAGCCGCAGCCGCAGCCGCAACCGCAGCCGCAGCAGCCAGAGGAGAUGGCAAGCCAGAAAAUGUCUGCUGCAGCAAUUCUGCGACGCAAGAGCUCGGAUGAGGCAGGAGUCACAGGAGGAGCAGCGGCCACCGGUGCACAGAGCUCUCCCCCGGCACCAAACCAGAUUGUUUCCAUUCUCAAGAAAAAGGAACAGGCCUUUGGGGACUGCAACUCGAGUGCCUCGAGCAACGCCUCCCCAGUGACGUUCUCCUCGAGCGUGAUGGAUCCACCGCUGGCGGGGACCGCCCGCAGCAAGCGUCAGGGGAUCCUGAAGAAGCGCUCCAGCCUAGACGAGUCGCGCUACUACUCCCGGUCCCAUUCCCCGGAUGAGCGGAGCAUACUGAUCAAAUCCGCCAGGCGGAACUCCCUCGAGGAAGCAGGCACGGGACUGAGUCCCGCCCAGAGCCAUGGGAUCCUGAAGCAGAGCAGCUACGACAGCAGCAAGAGCGAUGGCUGCCCCUCGGCGACGGAGAGUCAGCCGCAUAGCAUCCUGAAGAAGAAGGACUCGCUGUCGACGCCCUCAGACGGGGGAUGCCACAAGCAUGUGUCCAUCUCCCAAGCCGUGACACUGGCAGCCGCUGAACUGGCGGCCCAUCACGACGGCUACUUCGGGCUGGAGGAUGCAGCAGGGGAGGGCGAGUGGCAUGAUAUCAGACCCAUUCUGAAGCAGGAGAGCACCUCCAGCGAGGAGGCAGCUCGUCCCCCGAAGCCCAUACUGAAGAAGAAGUCGUUUGGGGAGGCGGAUGAGCACGAGGCGAUUCGACCGAUACUAAAGUCCUCCCGCAAGAGCAGUCGCGAGGAGUUCGAUCUGAGCGGAUUGGAUCACGAUGGAGGCACCGAUUCGCCCAUUCAUCCCAUACUGAAAACCGAUUCGCCCUCCAAGCGGCGCUCCCUGGGCUCCUCCUACGACCAGGACUCCCCGAGCCUCCUAAAGCGUCGCACCCGCUCGCUGGAGCGCCAGGAUGCCCCGCCCGUCAUGGAUUUGGCCGCAGCACUCGAUGCCAUCUCCACAUCGCAGGCGGCAGCUGCUCCCACCAGCAGCACCCCCGUCGACUUUGUCACCACUCCGGCGAGUAUAUCCGUGGCGGAGAGGAUUAAGCGCAUGGAGAUGCUCGCGACACCGACCUCCCGCCUGGCGGGGGGCAUCAACAGCAGCUGGGAGUCGCCGCUACAGCAAACACCAGAAGCUGAAGAGGGAUGCCCUGUCCCGCGUCUGCUGAAGCCCAGUGUCCUGCGAAGGGAUCUGCAGAGGGAGCGAUACAAAACGCAGCCGGUUACGAGCGAGGAGAAGAGCUUCUUUAAAGCCAACUCCACGUCCUUUGACAUCUCGUCGUCGGGCACGUCGGCCUUCAAGCCCACCAAGCCGCUGGACAUUCGCCUGAGCCACGCCCAACAGCAACAGCCACUGCUAUCCCCGAUAACCGGACAACCACUGAGCCACGUGCCAGCACCACUGCUGCUCUCCUCAUCGACUAAUUCGGGGGCAGGAGCCUCCUUCCGUUUGGCCCGCAGCUCCACACAGCCCCUGCAAUCCCCACGCGUCGUGCACUUGGCCGCACAGGGUGGUGCCACUGCGUCAGCCUCGUCACCGCUUCUGCUGGCACGCCAGCAUUCCAUCAACGACAGCGUCAAUCUCAGCGAACAGUUGACCCUCUCCGUGGGCACGGACAGUGAGCACAUCUUCGAGAUGUCCGGACUGGAGGAGGACUCGGCCAUACAGUCGCUGAGCGACGAAGUAUCCGCCUCUGCAUCUGCAUCUGCAUCUGCCACCGCAACCGCAACGCCAGCCAGUGGCUUGGCACGCAGCAACAGUGUUCGGGCCAGGGCCAAUAUGUUCCAGCAAUUGCAGCAGGAACAGUCGCGCAACCGUCGGAGUGAGGCAACAGCAGCAGCAUCAUCAUCAUCAUUGUCAUCAGGAGAGCAGUCAAAGCCACGUGCAGCGGGGGGCAACCAGCGACAGCCAUCGCCUGGAAACACCACCAAUCCUGUGGACAUAUCGCAGCCAAACGAUGAUCCAAUGACGCCAAACAAUACACAAGAUGCAGAAUUUGGCAAACAACCCUCCGAACCAUUAAAGGGCAUACUCAAGAGCAAGCCCCUGCCUGGGCCCAUGGGUCGUGGCCUCAUGCCCGUGGAUCUCAAUGCAGAGCUGAAGAAUCGCCUGAAACGCUCCACCCAUGCCACCGUCUCGAAUCUGCGCAAGUCGGCGACCACAGCAGAUGCCACACGUGGCGAUGAAGUGGACAAUCCGCAGAGGAAUCUGGCCCAGAUACUGCGGAAUGUGUCCAAGGAGAACGCCUCCACCACCACCGGUGCACCGAAGCACGAUGAUGCCGUGAAUCUGGUGAGGAAUCUCGCCACACUGGGGCAGCCUCGGGCGGCCUCGGCUGGCGAGGAUGUGGCGGCCGGGAAUUGUGCCUCGGCAUCGGAGGGCGAGAGUUCUGGGGGUCGCGAAAUCGAGGCGAUUAUCAAGAACAGUGCUGUGGCACGUCGUCGUCGCCAGCAGCAACAGCAGCAACAGCAGCAGCAGCAGCCACAGCCGCCAGAUGGCAAUCCCCUCAUUGCGAAAAGUAAAAGUCACUCGGGCAUAUCAGCAGCACCAGCAGCACCUCUGCCACCCAGCAUUGGUGGCGGCAUUGUUGGCCCCCAGUUGCCCCCAAUUGGCAGCGGUUUCGUCAAGUUGCGUCAUGUAGCAAAGGAGAACGAGGAGAGCCAGCAACAGCCCAGCACAUCGUCAGCGUCAGCGAAGGAAUCACCAGUGCAAUCGCACUCAUCGCUGCAAUCAGCGGCAGAUAAGCAGCAGACGGCAGCGACAGCAGCGACAAAGGAGGAGCAAACAGAAGACCCAUCGAAUCCCAUUGCGUUGCCCCAGUUUCUCCAAGGCGUGCGUCGCUCAUCGACCCAGGUCAUGGGCCCCGAUCAGCGCACACUCACCAAGACCACCUCCAUUAAGGAGCGUCUGGCUUCGCUGCAGAAGAGCGGCGAGGAUGACUGGAGGAAGCGCAUCUCGAAGCGCGACGAAGUCGACGAUAUACGCCGCGAAAACUUUGUAAACGAGUCGCUCUCUCUGGCCCACUCGCUGUCCGACAAGCCGCUGCCACCCUCGCCACUGAUCCCCACCAGCCUCGAGGGCGGCAAGGUCUCCGAUCGCUUGGGCAAACUCAAGUCCAACUCGGAGAACUGGAAGCAGCGCAUAGAGCAAACCGAUGCCAAGAAUUUCACAGUCGCUGGUCGACUGCAGAAGAAGGCCCAGUCGCCCGUGGAGCUGCAGUUUGAGCGUUCGACCAACGAUGCGGCCAAGAAGUGCCCCAUGCUGGAGGUGCGCAGCGCCAAUCAGCCGCAGCUCGGCCUGGCCAAGAGCCCCUCCAUGAUGGUGCCCGGCAGUGCCACCGCCACCGCCGCGAGCAAUGCGAAGACCACGCUGCGCAGCCUCAGCGUCAAUCCCGAGGAGGAGGUCUCCACUUUGAGCCGCUCGAACAGCAGCAGCUCCGACUCGGAUGGGGAGCGCAGCUCCCCGCAGAAUGCCAAGCAGAACAAGGAGCUGGCCAACAACAAGAGCGCGGCGGCGCCCACUAAUGUGGGAUCGAGGAUUCAGGUGCCCCGGCUGGACGACAAGGAGACCUUCGAGAACUUCUUUGCCACGCAGCCCACAGCCGCACAACAGAAGGAGAGCGCGACGGAGGUGGAGAUCAGUGCCUUCGACGACAUUAAGCCCACAGAGCGUUUGGUGAGCAAACGACACGUGCAGGGACCCAAGGGUCGUCGUGCCGCGCGCAAUCCUAUCAAGAGUCUGGCGUCGCGCAGCGACAUCACCUCGGAGUACACGGAACUGCGCACAGGAGUGGCAGAGCGGGAGUUGCGGCGCCUCAAGCUGGAGUCAUUUGGACAGCAUGGAAACCUGGCUGCCGAAGCCAUUGCCGGACUGGCCUCCAUAGAGGACUUCAAGGCGGUGGCCUUGCGGUCAUCCUCGCUGCCACUGCAGCAGAUGUGGCUGCCCCACAAGCCGGUGAUGCUGCUACAUGUCAAGGGGCGCACCCAUGUGCAGACCCGCCUGGUGGCUCCCCUUCACACGUCGCUGAAUCGCGGCGAUUGCUUCAUUCUAGUCUCGGGCUCCCAGCUCUACCGCUAUGUGGGCUCCUUCGCCAACGUCAUUGAGAUCUCGCGCAGCAAGAAGAUCUGCGCUGCCAUCGUGGAGAACAAGGACCUGGGAUGCACGGCCAGCCAGGAGGUGAUCCUCACGGAUGGCAAGUACAUGAACGAGCGCCAGUGGCGCCAGUUCUGGACGCUGCUCGGCAAGCCGGAGGAGGAGCAGUACGAGAUUCCCGAGUGCGGCCAUGCGGACGAGGAUGAUGUGUUCGAGAGCAGUCUGAUCGAGACGAACAAGAUCUACGAGUUCCAGGACGAUGCCCUCAUCCCCCUGGACAAGUACUGGGGCUGCAUCCCGAAGGUGGACAUGCUGGACACCCGCAAGGUGCUCGUCUUUGACUUUGGCAGCGAGCUGUACGUGUGGAACGGCAAGAAUGCCUCGUCGGAUGCCAAGCGGGCAGCCAUGCGACUGGCCCAGGAGCACUUUGUGGCCAAGGAUUCGGCAGACUAUGCCCAGUGCUAUCUGAAUCCCCUCAACUACGUCUCGAUUGUGGGUCGCCGGGAAAACACAACGUACGCCAAGCGCUGCGCCGAACGACCCGACUGGUGCGUGCUCGGGAAGAUUACCCAGAACAUGGAGACGGCGCUGUUCAAGGAGAAGUUCAGCGACUGGCCGGAGCUGGAGAGGGAGGAUCUGGAGAAGGACUACCUGGCGAACGGCGUCCAUGUGGUGCAUGCCCUCAACGGAGCAGCCCUGCACAAGGGCGAGCCUUACCAGGAGCCCAAUCUGGUGCUGGAACAGUCGAACCUCGGCCGUGGCAACUUCUACUACGACAACGACACGAUGCGGCACUUCGAUGUCAUCACCAAGUCCACCGACAAGUGGCAGAUAAACGAGUUCAACUUCGAUGCGGCCAAUGCUCGCGAGGAUUACGGCCACUUCUACUCCGCCGAGAGCUACAUUGUCCGCUGGAUCUACCAGAUCUCGGUCACCGUACGAGAGCUGAGCGGAAAGGUCUCCAACAGGAGCACCGUGGGUCGCGAUCGUUGCGUCUACUUCACAUGGCAGGGACAGGACUCGAGUGCCAAUGAGAAGGGUGCCGCCGCUCUCUUGACUGUGGAACUGGACAAGGAGAAGGGCUCCCAACUGCUGGUGGCCCAGGGAGACGAGGGCACGGCCUUCGUGCGUCUGUUCCGCCAGCUAUGGCAGCACCGCGGGCGCAAGGAGCAGUGUCUGGAGAAACGCAACCAGUGGCGACUCUACCAGCUGCAGGGCAAUGUCUCCGAGGAGACGCUGCUGAAGGAAGUGGACUGCCAGUCGCGACAGCUGCGAUCCCGCAGCUCCAUGCUUAUGAUCCACGGCAGCCAGGGACUCGUACUCGUCUGGCAUGGCGCGAAGAGCGCCCCACACUCGCGGAGUGUCGCUCUGGAGGCUGCCCACGAGGUAAUCAAGCAAAUGCCCAAGGAUCUCUUCAGUUGCGACAGUGCGGCCACCCUCGCUGAGCUGGAGGAGGGAGCCGAGAGCGAGGACUGCAAGAAGGCCUUGGGAUUAGGAGAGCAGCGCGCGGACUAUGGCAGCCUACUGGAGGCCACUAAAUCCUACGACUACCAGUUGAGGAUUUUUAACUUCUCCAGUACCCAGGGAGUGUUCAAAGCCUUGGAGCUGAGCGAUCCGUUGCGUUGCCAGGACAUGCACAGUCCGUAUCCGUUUAGCCAGGCCCAACUCUACAACGCCCGUCAGCCGACCAUCUUCCUGCUGGAUGAUGGCGAUGCGCUAUGGCUCUGGAUGGGAUGGUGGCCCCUUGAGGAUGUGAAGAUAAACACGGAUGAGAGGAGCAGCCCCACCAAUGACAAUCGGGCUGGUGUUAAUCGCUGGAUCUCAGAGAGACGCGCUGCCCUCGAGACGGCCGUCGACUAUUGGCGUGCAAAGCACGGCGAAAAUGUGAAGGAAGCCUUCCACGGCGUCAAGGGCCAGGUGGUGUGGGCCGGCUUGGAACCAUUGGCCUUCAGAGCCCUCUUUCCGGAAUGGAAUGAGCGUGCCGAUGUCAGGGAAAUCAAUGUAGAGGAUGGCCGUUCCGAUGAUAUCAUCGAAAUCAGCACAAUGCUGGCACAAAUGACACAGACAGAGUAUCCUUUGGAGGUGCUCAAGGGGCGACCACUGCCCGAGGGAGUGGAGCCCACGCGGCUGGAGGUAUACUUGAAUGCCGAGGACUUCCAGGUGGCACUGGGCUGCAGCCGGGCGGAGUUCGAGCAGCUGCCCAUCUGGAAGCAGACCAAGCUGAAGAAGGAGCGGGGCCUGUUCUAGGAGAGAGGCACAAUGCAACCAUAUAGACUUGAACACAAUCACAAACCACACCCACACACACACUUUUCUAGGCACACUUUUGUAUGCGGCGAUGCUUUUGCAACGGGCACUGACAUAACUUACUAUAUACCAUAGUAUAUACAUACUAUAUCUAUACAAGUAUCAUAUACACACGUGCGCAUAUCCCUAUGUACUCUCUACUUUACACACACACUAUAUACGAUAUAUACUCGUACGAUAUAUAACCUUUUAUAUGUAUAUGCAAGCAGGCGACACUGCACGAUUAUUAUGCAAGUGCACGAUGCCAGGCAAUAAACUCCAAAUCGCUUCAUUCGACAACCAA